AUGGGUACCCCAUUUUCUAAGCCAGACCCGGUCACAGAGAAGGCACCUAUUGCAAAGAUGUCGGUCACGAGAUCUAGUCAGAGCACGGAAGAAGAACAUACUGAAUACCCUCCUCCGUCGUAUCCUGUUCGAGAGAGAAUCCAGACAUUAGCCCCCUCUCAUGUGAAAGAUUGGAACGAGACUCUAUUGAGCGAUUCCAAGAACCGUCUCGCGAUUUCUAGUUUUGCUACUCAACCCUAUGCAUCAAUCCUCACCAAUCAGCGAGUCGUCCAAUCUGAUCUGCAAAUCUUUAACCUGACCGUACCAAUCGAGGGAGCUCCGAUUACAAACCAGCGUUCUUCCGGGCGUUGUUGGCUCUUUGCCUCGACCAAUGUCUUCCGCGUACCGCUGAUGAAGGCCUACCAGCUUAAGGAAUUUGAGCUCAGUCAAGCUUAUCUAUACUAUUGGGACAAGAUUGAAAAAGCGAAUUGGUUCUUUGAACAAAUCAUCGCGACUGCAGACCAAGAUCUCUCUAGUCGACUGGUCCAAAAGCUUUAUGAGGACCCAGUCACUGAUGGCGGUCAGUGGGAUAUGGUCGCCAAUCUGGUUCAGAAGUAUGGUCUGGUCCCCCAUGCACUGUACCCUGAUGCCUACCACGCCCAAAAUAGCUCUAAGCUCAACUGGCUCCUUACUGCCAAGCUGCGCGAGCAGGCAUUGGCCCUUCGCAAACUGGCCGCUAAGAAGGCAGAUCCCAAGUCCGCUUAUCUACUCUCCGUCAGUAAGGACAAGUUCCUGCAAGAGGUCCACUCGCUGGUGACUCUUCUCCUGGGUCCCGCGCCGAGCCCGGAUAAGCCGUUUGUCUGGCAAUACUAUGAUGCCAAUGGAACUGCCCGUGAGGUGCGAAAGACCCCGGUAGAGUUCGGGCAGCAGGCUCUUCGCUCGCAGACACGAGCAGCAUGUCGUAGCAAUGGUGCUGCUCUCUCCCCCGCGCGGUUCUUCAGUCUAGUCAACGACCCGCGCAAUGAGUAUAAUCGAUUACUAACUGUUGACCGACUUGGCAACAUUGUGGAGGGGCAACCCAUCACAUAUGUCAAUGUAGAGAUGCCGGUCCUCAAGCGGGCCGUCAUUGCCAUGCUCAAGGCUGGACAUCCUGUCUUCUUUGGCUGUGAUGUGGGCAAAUUCUCCGAUACGACCCUUGGUAUCAUGGAUCCGGAGCUCACUGACCUCACUCUCGGGUUUAAUGUUUCGCUUGGUAUGAACAAGGCCGAGCGCCUUGCCAGUGGAGAGUCAUCCAUGACCCAUGCCAUGGUUAUCACGGCAGUGCAUCUUGAAAAUGACGAGCCCGUUCGCUGGCGUGUGGAGAAUUCGUGGGGCCAAACAGCAGGAGACAAGGGUUGGUUUGUCAUGACCGAUCGAUGGAUGGAUGAGUACACUUUCCAGGCGGUUGUGGACUCAAACUUUGUGUCAUCUGAAGUCCGAGCUAUCCUAGGCCAGACUGCUAUUGUCUUGCCUCGGUGGGAUCCGAUGGGCGUGCUGGCUUAG